UAAACAGGGUUUUUUUUACCACUACCGAGGGCGAAAUCGUACAGUACACAAACAUUGUAUCAUUGAUAACUUUCUCAAGCCUUGAACAGUGGAGCCGACCGAGGGAUUCGCCUGCCGUUUGUAAAAUAGCUGUAGUGUAUGGUCAUUUUGCCUCACCAAAGUACACUAGCAGGAAACAUUAUCGGUCUAUGGUCACAACUAGUUAGGCUAGCUACUUUAGCGCUGGCUGUUUAGCUAGCAGCUAACUUCACGUUACCAUGUCAGAACGGUAAAGUUGUGGAAAGUAACAUGUUGCAAAGUCAAAAAAAUCGCCGGCGGAAAGACUGGAUGAUGAAAGACAACAGCUUUAACAUUUAACACGGCUGGCUAGUAUGCUGGACGUGGGGAAGUGGCCUGUGUUUGCACUCUUGCCCCCCGAAGAACUACGGCUCAUUCGCCAGGCGUGUGUCUUUGGUAGUGCGGCUAACGAGGCCCUUUAUGUCACUGUCAACGAUGAGGUGUUUGCCCUCGGCACCAACUGCAGUGGCUGCCUGGGGCUUGGGGACGUGCAAAGCACCAUUGAGGCCCGGAGGAUAGAUGUCUUGUGCGGGAAGAAGAUUGUGUCUCUCAGUUAUGGCACAGGCCCACAUGUGGUUAUUGCUACAACAGAUGGUGAGGUAUACGCCUGGGGUCACAACGGCUACAGCCAGCUGGGCAAUGGCACAACCAACCAUGGCCUGACUCCGGCUCUCGUCUCUACCAACCUGCUCAACAAGACCGUGACCGAGGUGGCCUGUGGCUCCCAUCACACCAUUGCACUCACCACAGAUGGAGAGGUGUACGCUUGGGGCUACAACAACUCUGGACAGGUGGGUUCCGGGUCCACGGCCAAUCAGCCUACGCCAAGACGGGUCAGCAGUUGCUUGCAGAACAAGGUGGUGGUGAACAUUGCCUGCGGACAGCUCUGCUCCAUGGCUGUGCUGGAUAACGGGGAGGUCUACGGCUGGGGCUACAACUGCAAUGGGCAGCUUGGCCUGGGCAACAACGGCAAUCAGCAGACACCGUGUAGAAUUGCCGCUCUUCAAGGCAUAACUAUUGUACAGGUGGCCUGCGGAUAUGCUCAUACCUUAGCACUCACAGAUGAAGGAUUUAUUUAUGCUUGGGGCGCCAACUCCUAUGGGCAACUUGGCACAGGGAACAAGAGCAACCAAGCAGUACCCACACUGAUCAACAUGGAUAAGGAGAGGAUGGUGGAGGUAGCCGCCUGUCACACCAGCCACACCUCCGCUGCCAAGACGCAGAGCGGCCAGGUCUACAUGUGGGGCCAGUGCCGAGUUCAGGCCGUGGCGUGCCCGCAUCUCACCCACUUCGCCGCCACUGACGACGUGUUUGCCUGCUUCGCCACGCCCGCCGUAACGUGGCGCCUCCUCACCGUGGAUGGGGAUGACUACUUGACGGUUGCCCAGUCACUCAAGAGGGAGUUCGACAGCCCGGAGAUCUCGGACCUCAAGUUCCUGGUGGAUGGGAAGUUCAUCCACGUCCACAAGGCCCUUCUGAAAAUCAGGUGUGAGCAUUUCCGUGCUCUGCUGAACGAGACCGAUGAGGACUCCAUCGAGAUCCACCAGUUCCCCUACCUGGUAUACCGCGCCUUUCUGGAGUACCUGUACACAGAUACCAUCAACCUGCCACCUGAAGAUGCCAUAGGACUGCUGGAUCUGGCCACCUACUACAGAGAGACUCGGCUGAAGCGGCUUUGCCAGGAGACUAUCAAGAGGGGCAUCUCCGAGGAGAACGCCAUCACACUGCUGUCGGCCGCCGUCAAGUAUGAGGCCCGGGACCUGGAGGAGUUCUGCUUCAAGUUCUGCGUCAAUCACCUGACGGCCGUCACUCAGACCCAGGCAUUCAAUGACAUGGACCACGACCUGCUCAAGAACUUCAUUAGCAAAGCCAGCCGCUACGGGGCCUUCAAAAACUAGGAACCCUCCCAGAGCCUGAGAGCCCGUGAAGAAUGGAGACAGGCGGGGAGAGGAAGUAUAUGGAAGCCGGGAUGGGGGG